AUGGCUCCCAAGGUUGCUAUCGUCUUCUACUCCCUCUACGGCCACAUCCAGAAGCUGGCUGAGGCCGAGCAGAAGGGUAUCGAGGCCGCUGGUGGCAAGGCUGACAUCUUCCAAAUCAACGAGACCCUCCCUGAGGAGGUCCUGGUUAAGAUGCACGCCCCUGCUAAGUCCAGCUACCCCGUUGCCGAGCCCAACGACCUCCUGCAGUACGAUGCUGUUCUUUUCGGUAUCCCCACCCGUUACGGUAACUUCCCUGCUCAGUGGAAGACUUUCUGGGAUGCCACCGGCUCUAUCUGGGCCACUGGUGGUUACUACGGCAAGCACGCUGGUCUUUUCAUCUCCACCGGUACCCUCGGUGGUGGUCAGGAGUCCACUGCUAUCUCCACUAUGAGCACCCUCGUCCACCACGGUUUCGUCUACGUUCCCCUCGGAUACAAGAACGCCUUCGGUCAGCUCUCCAACCUCACCGAGAUCCACGGUGGUAGCCCUUGGGGCGCUGGUACCUUCGCUGGUGCCGAUGGUUCCCGCCAGCCUUCCGCGCUCGAGCUCGAGGUUGCUGAGAUCCAGGGAAAGACCUUCUACGAGACUGUCGCCAAGUCCACCCAUGGCGAGUCGAAGCCCGAAAUUGCGACCCCUACUGCUGCAGCGGCUACUAAGACAACUGAGGAGCCCGCCCAGCAGGAGACUACGCAGCCGGCAAAGAAGGAGAAGAGCAGUGAAGGACCUUGCGGGUUGCCUAAGAAGUGUGCUAUCAUGUAA